AUGCUUGCAUCAUGCAGCUACGAUAGCUCUAUUUAUUUAUGGGAUGUUAAGUCUAGAGAAUUAAAAUAAAAAUUAGAGGGUCAUAACGGUACAGUAUGGUCAAUAAGCUUCUCCCCUGAUGGCAGCACAUUAGCAUCUGGGGGUAGAGAUAAAUCUAUUCGUUUAUGGUAUGUAUAGACAGGGAAAUAGAAAGCUUAACUAGAGGGCCACACAUGUGGAGUUUUAUCAGUAAGCUUUUCUCCUAAUGGUACUACAUUAGCAUCUAGUAGUGGAGAUAAAUCUAUUCGUAUAUGGGAUGUUAAUAUUGUGCAUGAUAAAUCUGGAGGAUAUGGUCAUAGUAAUUAUGUUAGAUCAGUCUGUUACUCUCCAGAUGAUACUUUAUUAGCGUCUGGUAGUGGAGAUAAGACGAUCCGAUUAUGGGAUGUUAAGACAGGGCAAGAAAGAUAAAUAUUAAAAGGUCAUUGUAGUGAAAUCUUUUAAGUCUGUUUUUCUAAGGAUGGAACUUUAUUAGCAUCUGGUAGUAGAGAUAAAUCUAUCCGCUUAUGGGAUAUUAAGACAGGGGAGGAAAAAUAUAGAUUAGAAGGUCAUAAUGGUUAUGUCUCAACAAUAAGCUUUUCAUUUGAUGGAAUAACCUUAGCAUCUGGUAGUGGAGAUAAGACUAUCCGCUUAUGGGAUAUUAUUACAGGGAAAGAAAUAUAACGAUUAGAGGGUCAUAACGGUUAUGUCUCUUCAGUAUGUUUCUCACCUGAUAUAUUUACAUUAGCAUCUUGUGGUGAGGAUAAGUGUAUUCGAUUAUGGAAUGCAAAAACAGGUUAAUAAGCAUCAUAAUUUUUUGGACAUACACAUUAAGUUUAUUCUAUUUGCUUCUCUCCAAAUGGUAAUCUAUUAGCAUCUGGUAGUGAUGAUAAGUCAAUCCGAUUGUGGGAUGUUAAGGAAGGAUAACAAAUAUCAAAAUUAUAAGGUCAUAGUGGAGGAGUUAUUUCAGUGUGUUUCUCCCCUGAUGGUACUACAAUACUAUCUGGAAGUGCAGACUAAUCUAUCCGUUUAUGGGAUGUGAAAUCUGGGUAACAAUAAUCAAAAUUAAUCGGUCAUAAAUGUGGAGUCUAUUCAGUAUGCUUUUCAUAAAAAGGUACAAAUGUAGCAUCUGGAAGUUAUGAUUAAUCUAUUCGAAUAUGGGAAACUAUAAAGAGAUUUGAUAAAAAAUAAAUAAAUAGUUUAAAAGUAAGUAGAAGUGAAAAAAAGACUAAUUUCACAGAUAUUAACCAAAAUAUACAUUUUAAGGCAGAUUAAUAAAAAGUCAAAUUAUAUGAUAAUAAUGAUGAUUUUCUAUCAUUCUCUUCUAUUGGUACUACAAAAGCAUUUGGUAAUGAGGGUAACAACUCUAUUUAUUUAAGGGAUGUUAAGACAGGAUAAUAAAAAGCCAAAUUAGAUGGUCAUUCAUCAGCAGUAUGGUCAGUCAAUUUCUCUCCUGAUGGUACUACAUUAGCAUCUGGUAGUGAUGAUAACUCUAUCCGUUUAUGGGAUGUUAAGACAGGAUAAUAAAAAGCCAAAUUAGAUGGUCAUUCAUCAACAGUUUAUUCAGUCAAUUUCUCUCCUGAUGGUACUACAUUAGCAUCUGGUAGUUUGGAUAACUCCAUCCGUUUAUGGGAUGUUAAGACAGGAUAAUAAAAAGCCAAAUUAGAUGGUCAUUCAUCAACAGUUAAUUCAGUCAAUUUCUCUCCUGAUGGUACUACAUUAGCAUCUGGUAGUUUGGAUAACUCCAUCCGUUUAUGGGAUGUUAAGACAGGAUAAUAAAAAGCCAAAUUAGAUGGUCAUUCAUCAACAGUUAAUUCAGUCAAUUUCUCUCCUGAUGGUACUACAUUAGCAUCUGGUAGUUUGGAUAACUCCAUCCGUUUAUGGGAUGUUAAGACAGGAUAAUAAAAAGCCAAAUUAGAUGGUCAUUCAUCAACAGUUAAUUCAGUCAAUUUCUCUCCUGAUGGUACUACAUUAGCAUCUGGUAGUUUGGAUAACUCCAUCCGUUUAUGGGAUGUUAAGACAGGAUAAUAAAAAGCCAAAUUAGAUGGUCAUUCAUCAACGGUUAAUUCAGUCAAUUUCUCUCCUGAUGGUACUACAUUAGCAUCUGGUAGUUUGGAUAACUCCAUCCGUUUAUGGGAUGUUAAGACAGGAUAAUAAAAAGCCAAAUUAGAUGGUCAUUCAUCAACAGUUAAUUCAGUCAAUUUCUCUCCUGAUGGUACUAUAUUAUCAUUUGGUUGUGGAGUUAAGUCGGUGGCUUCAGGUCCGUGCCCCAACAAAUCGAACGGAUAGAUAAAAAGCUCAAUUCAGAUGAUAAUAGUAAUGCUAGCUUAUGCGAUGUGA